AAAAAGGCCAAAAAAGCUAUUCAUUAUGUGUAUAUAGAACAAAUAGAGAACAUGUUCUUAUCUCCUGCUUACCAGAAGCAGUUGUGAGAAGCCAUCAUCUAGCAAGCAAAAGAUCUCCAAUCGCCCCACCAAAACACAUUAUAUCAACUCAAUCACGCUUUUCUCCCCACUCAUAUAUCUAGACAGUCACCACGUACAACAAUCCAUUUUGGUUUAUCCUCUCACAUUUUCAAUUUAUAUAACAAUGUCACCUCGAACAAUAAUUGUUACCGGUGCAAGCCGUGGAAUCGGUCUUGCUAUUGCUCAGAAACUUCUGAGGGAAAAACAUAAUGUGGUGCUUGUAGCUAGGACUGCAGAACCCAUGGAGGAAUUGAAGAAACAGUAUCCAGAGCAGGUUGAAGUCGUUGUGGGGGAUUUGAGUGAUUUUAAGGUAUGUUGUGAGGGAGACGUUUAGUUUCAAGGAUUUAUGUGGUUUAGGGAGUAUGGCUGGAGAUGCAGGUAGUCAUUCCCCUCUACAGGGUCAAAUGUGUUUGGAAGUUUCUACUUCUUGAUCAAGGGCUGAAUCACAAAUAUUUAAUUAUGAAGUUUCACUGUUCGAUUUCUUACCUACAAUUCAAUGAAUAUAGUUAGAUCUUUCAACUAAUCAAACUCUUCAUUACUAGAUAGGGCCACAAGCCGUCGAUACCACCAUAAAACGGUUUUCCAAACUCGACGGUCUAAUCGUCAACCACGGAAUUCUAUCUCCAGUAAAACGCAUAGCCGACAGCACCCCCGAAGAAUGGCGUACCCUCUUUGACGUCAAUUUCUUCUCCGCCCUAGCAUUCGUUCGUCUCUUCCUACUCCGUACCACGUGAACAUAAACGUGAGAACUAACCCCUCAUCUAGGUAACCCCAGCAAUUCCCCAUCUGCGCACCACCCAAGGCACCAUCCUACUCACCUCAUCCGGAGCUGCCGUCUCCGCCUACUCCACAUGGGGACCCUACGGCUCCUCUAAAGCAGCCCUAAACCAUCUCGCCCAGACGCUUUCAGCCGAAGAACCACUGAUCACCACCCUGGCUAUUCGACCAGGAGUCGUCGACACCGACAUGCAAAAGGAGGCCCGCUUUCAUAGUACCAGCGGAGUAAUGGACAAAAAAGAUGCAGACAAGUUCAUCCAAUUGCACGAAGGACGGAAAUUAUUGAAACCAGAGCAGCCUGGAGGUGUCAUGGCAGGAUUAGCUGUGGACGAGAAGUUGAGGGAAGAAGGAUUGCGCGGGAAAUUUCUGAGGUGAGUGAAUCUAAUUUUAAAAAUGGCAAUGAGGAUGGAAAAACUAAUGGAAUAUGAUAGUUGGGAUGAUAAGUUAUUAGAAAAAUAUCGGGAUUAGUUUCCGAAUUCGUAUGUGAAUGAAACCCUCCAGGGGGAAAGACAGCGACAAAGCAUGAUUAUGGAGAAGCUUUUCUCCUCGUAAAAGACUAAACAGAAUGCAUGGCCGUAGACCAAUCACAAAGCACCAGCAAAUAUAACCCUCACUUUUAGUCAAAGUCUAAAACCAAUAACAUGCU